UGAUCCGCCCCCCGGUUGUAAUCAUAAUCAGUUGUGAGUGUUUAGCGUAAGAGCGUUUACUGCCUGCGGCGCGUUUAAUGCCCUAAACGGCCCCAACGCACCGGAAUCUCCCAAUACGCAAAAAUCAUCACCGGCCAGUGCGACCACCCUGCGCGAGUUUGUGCUCUGCGUGGUGCAACCUGCGAUGAAAGUGCCCCAGCGAAUAUAAACCAUGACCGUCGCGUUUAACGAUUACUUUUGGGGCGAUAAAAACAAUGGGUUUGAUGUCCUCUACCAUAACAUGAAAUAUGGCCUUGCCGCGAGUAAAGAACUUGCGGAUUUCUUCCGGGAGCAGUCCAGCAUCGAAGAAAACAACUCCAAAUUCCUAGCGAAAUUAGCUAAACAAGCUGGGAGUUGUUGUACACAAGGUACCUUCGCUCCAUUAUGGGCCGUUUUGAAAAACUACGCGGAGCGCUUGGCUGCGCUCCAUCUACAAAUGGUCUCCAAGGUGAUGGAAUUGGUCAAGGACGUAAACAAGUACUCCGAAGAACUGGCCAAGAAGCACAAGUUGGUCAAAGAGGAAGAGUCUGGGACCUUGGAAGCAGUACAACUGAUGCAAUCCACAACCCUCAUGGUCCAGAAAGCAAAGGACGUGUAUAAUCAACGCGGGGCUGAGUUAGAAAAACUCAAAAAAGAGAACGCCUCACCUAAAGAUGUCGAAAAAGUGGAGAGUAAAUAUAAAAAAGCACAGGAGGAUUACAGAGGGUUUGUUGAUAAGUAUGUAGCGGCAAAGGACGCGUUCGAGGCGAAGAUGACAGUGACCUGUAGACAUUUCCAAGAGUUAGAAGAGCAACAUCUUACUCAGAUGAAGAAUUUUAUCAAUACGUAUGUACAGGUAGCGCAUGCAACUCAUGAAGAAGCAGGGGAAGUACAGUCUGACUUCAAGAGACAAUGUCUUGAGUUGACUGUUGAUAAAUUACUGGAACACUUUGUAUUGAGCAAGUAUACUGGACUUGAAAAACCAGGUCUAGUCGAUUGGGAAGAAUCCUCCCAGCAGUUGCAAUCGCCAGUGCUGGACGCGGAACCACCUUCGGCGUUGGCGACUGCUGUCGGAGCAAGUGGUGGCGCAAAAGCCGUGAAGCGCGAAGGUAAUGAGAGCAAUGUAACCGGGACACAGGCCAUGCCAACACAUGCAAAAUCAUCCCGCCGUACAACCUCCCUUCUUAAUCUCUUCAUGUCUAACUCGCAGGGAUCGCGCGAAGGCCGAGCGGGGCCGAGCAGCGCGCCGUCGAGCCCGACUAAUCCUGGAGAAAUGACGCGCGGCGUGCAGCGUGGAUCGAAAUGGUUUCUGAGGAGUCGACGGGACAGGGCCAGGCAGAAGAAGGCGAAUAAAAAGAAGAAGGAUGGCACGGACAAUCAAAGCAAUAAAGAAGAAAAAUCAGAUUUGGAAGAAAAAGAAGAAACGAGAAAAAGUCAAACCCUCGUUGAACGAGACCCUGAUGCACCCGAAGUAGAUGAAGAUGGUUUCGUCGUGCAGCCAACCACGCCUGCCAAUUGGACCAAUGACAAAGGCAGUUUCUAUUCCUCAUCGGAUUCCGACUCUGAUGAUGACCGGGAACGAAAAAUACGCGUUGAAAUCAAACCGUUGAACAAUGGCGCCGCUCCCAUGUCCGCAUCCGUCGAUGAAUUACGCGCCACUGUCGAGAAUCUUUACCUGCUUCCGGCUGGCGGUCGUCGUGGUUCAGCGCUCGACUCCCAAGACGCUGCGAUGAAACGCUCGCAAUCCGUUUCGCAACAAUUAGGUGGUAAACCAAGCAGUGACCUACUGGGCUUAAACUUUCAAAGUCCGGCACAGUCCAAUGCUUCCACUCCGACUAGCACUCAUCCGUACGCUCCUUUACAAAGCCCUUCACAGCCCACACUAAACUCACCAACUUUAUCAGCUUCUUCGAGGUAUGCCGAUCUGGGGGAUAUAUUCUCCGAAGUCGGGGAGAUACAGCCCGCGCCUAAACCUCGCCAGACCCCGACUCCCACCAGUGGGUACAUGUCUAUUCCGAGACCGCCUUCGAGGAGAUCCGAAGCUGCCACACCGCGUGGUCAUAUCAGUCCGUCGAACAUCUCGAGGGCAGAUAGCGUGGGUAGUCUUGAGUUUCGUACUGCUUGUGUACCAGUAGGGGUAUCCAGAGGGCCUUCACCGUUGACCAUUGGAAUGGCGGAUACUAUCCCGCUAGCUGUCGCUUUUCAUGAGAUUGUUCAUUCGUAUUUCCGUGGGGCGGAUGAGACAAAGUGUCAGGUGAAGAUGUCUGGUGAUAUGAUGCUCUCGUUUCCUGCGGGGAUUGUUACAGUGCUGGCGAAUAAUCCUAAUCCAGCCAAGUUGACCUUCCGCGUGCAUAAUACGCAGAAACUUACUAUAUUACCGAAUAAACAAUUGGUUACAAUUGAUGGUAGUCAAUCAGCGGUUGACUCAAAAUUCCUCGAGUUCAACAUGACCGCGCUAAGUGCCCUAUUAAAGAAGCAGUCUGAGCUGAACCCGACUGCUUCGUAUUUCAACGUGGACAUCCUAAAAUAUCAAAUUAAACCGAAAACCGGGGCGAAUUCUUGUCCGCUCCAACUAGUGGCUUACUGGAAGUGUGAAGAAGCUCACACCGACUUGAAAGUAGACUACAAGUACAACUCGCAUGCAAUGAGCUCGGCUUCACCUCUAUUGAAUGUCUCAGUGACUGUUCCUGUUGAGGGUGAAGUCAAGUCCAACCAAUCUAAACCAGCCGCCAUUUGGAACAGUGAAUCGAACCAAUUGGUCUGGAAAUACACCGAAUUAUCUCUGCACUCGGAAAACCACGGCGUGGGUUCGAUGCUCGCACGAAUUGAUCUAGAUUCUGGACCAACGAAACCCACAACUAUUUCGGCACAGUUCAACUGCGAGGGUACUACGCUAUCAGGUAUUGGUUUCCAUCUGCAGGGAGCUGGAUAUCGGCUCUCACUAGUCAAGCGCCGGUUCAUCUCAGGACGGUACAUAUGCGAAGGUGAUUUGAAAUUCUCCAGCGCUGGGACUUCCGGGACAGCCACUCCGUCGUCGACGACCAGCACCACCGGCAACUGCUAGCAUUCCAGCUUGACGACAUAUCAAACAGCACUCUACACGCUAGUGCUGUAAUUAUAUCGAAUUCUAGGACCUAAACGUAAACCUGACACAUUCAAACUACACACACACACGUAAAACGCUAUAAAUAAUAUACAAUAAUCGAUUUAACGACGACGAGAUACACAAGAAAUAAUGAUCUAGGCGAUCCGGGGACGACCCGGGAUGUAAUUGUAAGUAUUUUCAUGUUACGAAGGCGUAUAUUAUAUAGUUUAUGAUGCUAUUUUAUAUAAUCCUGUCAUUUUCGGCGUUUCGUCGUUUUGUUAGCACCGCGAUAGGUAGGCGUAGGAUAAUGUAGGGAGAGCAGGUAGGAUUCGUACAUUUUUACUUGACGCCAUAUUAAAACUAAACUAUAUAAUAUAUUCGAAUAAGUUUAAUGUCCCUAUAUAGCCUAUAUAUCUGCCUAUAAUUAUAGUAUGGUACAGCUCCGUCACAAAUCACACAGACAGAAUUAUGAUCAGUUUUCCAAAAUGGAAAUCGUACGAAAGUACCCCACACACGGGGUACCUUCGUGCAUAGUGUGGGUACUUUCGUACAUGAUGGGGUACCUUCAUACAGUCAAAGAAAAUAAACAAUUGUUGAUUAAAUUUAA